AAAACGAAUACUGCAAAAAAAAAAAAAAAAGAAAGAACCUCUCAGAAGUCGGAGCGAGCAGCUUGUCCACAGUUACAGGGAGGGGGAGGGAGGGAAGGAGAGAGAAGCUGUCAGACUUAGGGGAGGGCGCAGCUUUUCCUCAGACGCUGAGUUUUAACCCCAUUGGAGACGCCGGUCCGAGAAAGGAGGCAAAAGGCUGCGGAUAGCUUGCAACAAAGGCUCGGGACUUCCCUCUUGGCGUCUCUCAGGCUUUGAGGCGCGUUAAAUCCUCCGCAGGAAACAGGUUUUCCUCUUUUGCGGCUGCCACCCCCACCCACCCCCCACCCCUUCCCCAAUUGCACAGCCAAGGAACCUCAUGCUCUGUGCAGAGCGACAGCCCAGGAGGCAGGAUGGCUCUGCCGGAUCGGCGAGGCGUUAAUCAGGUAUUGUCACCGGAUCACGGCCGUGUUUUCCACCUCUUGGUGGUUUCCCUGGUGCUCCCGGUGCUCGGUCGUGGGCUGAAGGUGCAGCACAAGUUCGUCUCGCCCACCGCCACUAACAACUUCGCCCUGGAUGGGUCGGGCGGCAGGAUUUACCUGGCGGCGGUCAACCGGCUCUAUCAACUCUCGGCCCCCAACCUGACUCUGGAAGUGGAAGAGCCGAUGGGCCCCAAAGAGGACAACCCCUUGUGCCACGCUCCCCAGCUGCCCCAGGCGUCCUGCGAGCACGCCAAGAAGCCGACCGACAACUACAAUAAACUGCUGCAGCCGGACCCGGAGCAAGGCAUCCUGGUGGUCUGCGGUUCGGUCUACCAAGGCUUCUGCCAGUUGCGGAGCAUGGACAACAUCUCGGUGGUGGCCGUCCCUUUCCCACCUCGGACAGGUGGGGGAGAAGGGGGCGACCAGGUCACGGUCUUCCCCAGCAUGCUGAACGUGGCGGCCAACCACGCCAACGCCUCCACCGUCGGCUUGGUGCUCAAGCAGUCCGGGCAAGACACGAGGCUCUUGGUGGCCGCCACCUACACGGGCUUGGGCAGCCCGUUUUUCCCGCGCAACGCCAGCCUGGAAGACCACCGUUUCGAGAACACGCCCGAGAUCGCCAUUCGGGCUCUCAACGCCCGCGGGGACCUGUCCCGGCUCUUCACUUUCGACAUCAACCCGUCCGAUGACAACAUCUUCAAGAUCAAGCAGGGCGCCAAGGACCGGCACAAGCUCAGCUUCGUCCGCGCCUUCCUCCACCGGGGAAGUCAAGGCGCGACGCUCUCUCGCCCGGAAGGGGGCGCCUCCGGAGGCCGGAGUUCUCAGGCGGGACCCGGGGGCCCCUAUUCGUCCCGGGGAGCCCAAGCUGCCAAGCCCGGGCGCGCACAGGGCGCUUUCCCGCCUUUGCCUCAGGGCAUCCCGCUUAGCCGCCCGUCGGCCUCCUAUGCUUACUUGGCCCUCAACAGCGAGGCGAAUGCGCGAGAAAAGGAGAGUCACUCGCACAGCCUCUUGGCUCGCAUCUGCUUGGGGGACCCGGCCGAGGCGACCCCUCUCAAUAGCAGCGGCGGCGGCGGCGGCGGCGGCGGCGAGACCAAAAAGUUGACCGAGUCUUACAUUCAAAUGGUGCUGCAAUGUAGCCACCCCGGAGCCGGCGGGGUUACGCCGGGAGUCGCCACCGGGGACCUCUUCAACAGGCUGGUCUCCGUAUUUCCCGCUCGCGCCGCCCUGCAGGUGGAUCCCGGGAGUCCUCCUUCGCCCCAGCCGGAGGAGCUGCUCUUCGGGGUGUUUGAAAAAGCUGCCUCCCCGGGUCCCGGGCCUGGCGGUCGACAAACUCCACAACCCUCGGCGCUCUGCGUCUUCCGCUUCGCGGAGAUCGAGGACGCUAUCCGGGUGGCCAGAAACUCGUGCUUCGUGGCGCCGGACGCCGACUUGGUCACUGUGCUGGACAGCGUCGUGCAAGGGACCGGGCCAGCCUGCGAGAAGAGGAAAAUCCAGGUAAGGGAGAGGGGGGGAAAAAAGGGCAGAAAAGCCGGCUUGUGAUCUGGGGUUGCUUUUCACUAAAGCAAUGAAGGACAAA